CAAACGUCACCGCUACUCUCCUAAACUUCCGGUGUUAUGGCUGCUCGCAGGGAAGGUUGACAGCAGCAAUGUGGGAUAUUUUGGAAAUGAACGCGUGUGUUUAGGCAGGUGUGUUUAGGAUGGCGGUGAUUCAGUUGUUCCGGCUGGUUAUCUGUCGGCCGGCAGCUCGUGCGACGCUCCGCGCGCACAGGAGGUACAGCAAGGUGUGCCCAGCUUUAUCAAAGCGACUGCGAGUCUUUGAGGCCCUCAGGGAAAAACAUAACGAGAGAGCUGUUGCUGCAGAAACUUGCCUCAGUAUCCGGCUGGCUGACGGCCGGACAGUAAAGGGGACAGCUGGUGUCACCACGCCUCUCUUUGUCGCUCAGAGCGUCCGUGUGAAAGGAGCGUUGGUCAGUAAGGUGAACGGGGAGUUGUGGGAGCUUGGACGGCCUCUAGAGGCAGACUGUGAACUACAACUGCUGGGGUUUGACACAGUGGAGGGAAGACAAGCAGCAUGGAGGACAGGGGCGUGCAUCCUGAGCGGAGUGCUGGAGAAGGACUUUGGUGCCGAAGUGUGCAGAGAAGGCGCGUCAGAGCUCGGACUUUACUGUGACCAUCUGCUGGACAACAGCUCCUUGUCUCUGAGCGAUGUGGAGGAGAAAUGUAAACAGGCUGCAGCACUCAAACUUCCUCUGUCCAGACUAGAGCUGAAUACAGAAGAGGUCCGAGAGCUUUUCCAGGACAAUAAGCUGAGACUGCAGCUUGUUGAAGAGCAGAUGAACGGCCCCACCGUCACAGUAUACAGGUGUGGAGACAGUGUAGCGGUCUGCGACGGCCCCCUCCUCCCACACACCGGCCUCCUCAAGGUCUUCAAAUCACUCCAGCUGUCGCCCGUGACCCUGGCCAGUCAGACAGAGUCCUCAGGUUUGAUGCGUCUUUUAGGUGUGGCCUUUCCAGGUGAGAAGGACAAGGUGGAGUGGGAGCGGGAGCAGGAGGAGGCGAAGAGGAGGGACCACAGACGCAUCGGGACGGACCAGGAGCUGUUCUUCUUUAACGACGUGAGUCCAGGCAGCUGCUUCUUUCUGCCCAAAGGAGCCUACAUCUACAACACCCUCACCGACUUUAUCAAGAGCGAAUACCGAAGGCGUGGAUUCAAUGAAGUCGUGACCCCGACUCUGUACAGCACUGCAUUAUGGGAGCGCUCGGGCCACUGGGAGCACUACAGCGAGAACAUGUUCACUGUGACAUCAGAGGGCACUCAGACCUACGCUCUCAAACCCAUGAACUGUCCUGCUCACUGUCUCAUGUUUGAGCAGCGUGUUCGCUCGUGGAAGGAGCUUCCUCUGCGAUGGGCCGACUUUGGGGCGCUGCAUCGUAAUGAGCUCUCCGGAGCGCUGGGAGGUCUCACUCGUGUUCGAAGGUUCUGCCAGGAUGAUGCUCACAUCUUCUGCACACCUGAGCAGCUUGAAGAAGAGAUUGUGGCGUGUUUGGACUUUGUGAGGAGUGUGUAUCAAGUAUUUGGGUUUUCCUUCCACUGCCUCCUGUCUACACGUCCUACACCAUGCCUCGGGGAGCCUGAGCAAUGGGAUAAUGCUGAGCAGCAGUUGGAGAGGAGUCUGCAGCACUUUGCUGAACGCUGGGAGUUGAAUCCAGGCGACGGAGCUUUCUACGGACCAAAGAUUGACAUCCAGAUCAAAGACGCUAUUGGCAGACAACACCAGUGUGCCACAAUCCAGUUGGACUUCCAGCUGCCGAUCAGAUUUGACCUUCAGUAUGUCGGUCGGGAUGGACAGUUGCACAGGCCAGUGAUGGUCCACAGAGCCGUGCUGGGAUCACUGGAAAGGAUGAUUGCUAUACUGGCUGAAAACUUUGGCGGAAAAUGGCCGCUGUGGUUGUCCCCAGCGCAGGUCAUGGUAAUUCCUGUGGGGGGCAGCAGUGAGUCGUACAGCAAACAGGUGGUCCAGCAGUUCCGUGAAGCUGGCUUCAUGGUGGAUUUGAAUGACGAUCAGGGAGCAACCUUAAACAAGAAGAUUCGCUCCGCUCAGCUGGCCCAGUACAACUACAUAUUUGUGGUGGGAGAUAAAGAGAGUGAGAGUGAAACAGUGAAUGUGAGGAGCAGAGGGGGUAAACAGCUGGGAAGGAGGCCGACAGAGGAGGUGCUGACAUCCCUCACACGGCUACGAGACACUAGGAGCAACACAGACGAGUUCUGAUGGAAAAGGUCCUGGAAAUAAUGAGUCACUAAUGUAAUCGAUGUUACAUGUUCAAGCUGUUAUACUUCAGCUUUGUCUGAAGAAACGGCUGCUACAGUUUGUAAUAAAAGUGUAUAAAACAUUC